UUUAUCUGGGAUUAAAAGCAAUCAGGACACAUGGAGAUGUCUGUACAUGCAGAGCACACCUAUGGUUACUCCCAGUGACUGCUUCAAUCUGUAAAGCGAGAGCUCACUUAACUGCAAAGGGAGCGGCCUCAUCCCAGAGCCGCUGGGGCUUUUUCACAGAUGCAGUGACCCACGCUGUGCAGUGAGAAUCGGCUAACUUUCAAAAACAUCUGGAAAAAUGAAGACAUGGCUGAAAACUGUCUUGGGAGCUGCCACCUUGGCUGCAUUUGCUUUACUGGUGAUAUGCAUUGUCUUACGUCCCUCAAGAGUUCACAAUGCUGAAAGAAACACAAGGCGAGCUCUCACUCUGAAGGAUAUUUUAAAUGGAACAUUCUCAUACAAGACAUAUUUUCCAAAUUGGAUUUCAGAACAAGAAUACCUUCAUCAAUCUGAGGAUGAUAACAUAGUACUUUACAAUAUUGGAACAAGAGAAUCAUAUAUCAUUUUGAGUAAUAGCACCAUGGUAUGUAUCAGCAUCGUAUGACUCCCCCAGAAACCUU